AUGGCGCGAGCAUAUGUGGUGACCGAAGGAAGGAUUGAGGCACCUCCGGUAGUGGUUGUGGAUUUUGGGGUGGAUCGAGGCCGAGGUCUGGUGGCAAGUUGGGGGAUUGCCAAAGGCGAGGUUAUCUUUACAGAAAAAGCCUUGGUGGGAGCCCAAGUUCCCGACGGUUGCCCUUCUUCUUCGACAAGUAGAUGUACUGGAUACAAGGUUCGAGCCUGUCAACAGUGUUUUCGAUCGCUCGAACCAGGAUCUUGUUUGGUACCGAAUGGCCAUGACAGCACUCCUACUACUACAUGUAGUAGUAUUCCCCUGCCUCAUUUGUGGCCCGUCAUGGAGUACUCAUCGGACAAGACGGUGUCCUUGGAGGAUCAUCUUGUGGAAGACACGAUAUCACGACAAGUCACCUGCACUAACUGCCAUAUAUGGUUCUGUACUCGAUGGUGUGCCAAAAGUUACCAAGAAACGACGGGAAAUUGUUGUCAGUCCACUCAGGCUGUGGCCAGUGCUAUAAAAGCAUUGGCAUGUGGUGAUGGUGAUGAUGAUGACAACCAAGACGGUCGACACAUUGACCCAGUAUAUGCCUUGACGACACGCAUGUUUGCCAUGCAACAACAACAAUCCACAAACGGUCAAUCCUUAUUUGAUGACCUGUGUGGAGAUGCCAACGACAUUACUGCCUUGCAACUGGGAGACUAUUGUCCCCAUACAUACACCUUCUCCCUCGCCAAAGGAUACGAUCCAGUAUGCCAAGCACUUGCAUUGCAAGAACGCUCUUCUCUCGAAGAAUUCCACAGACUCGCCGCCGUGGCACAACGCAAUGGGAUUUUGGUCACUACCAAGUCUCCCUUUCGAGAAUACUACGGAGCCGUCCUACGGAAUACCGGGGGAAGAGGUUCCACGAGACAACAGCAAGUCGUGUCGGAGAUUGCUCAAAUCCUGGGUGCUCCCGAUGGCAAACUCACCCGGGAAAUGGAUGAUAUAGUCGAGGAGAAGUGCGCUGUCAAGAUGGCGGGAUUAUUCACUCUGACGGCCAUUAUGAAUCAUUCUUGUGAUCCCAAUGCGGAAAUUCGAGGGAGCGAAUACAACGAUUGUCACAUUGAUAUUGCUGCCAAAAAGAGGAUUGAAAAGGGCGAUGAAAUCACCAUUAGUUACUUGGAUCUGGGACCCGGGGAUGCCGCAACGAGCAACAGUACCAUUGCACGGAAUCGGAGACGACGACACUUGGGAUCCAAGUAUCUGUUUGUCUGCCAGUGUGCGCGAUGCUCUAGCAAAUAA